UAAUUGUUGGGUUUCUUUUUUUUUUUUUUUUAAUUCUCAAUUAAAAUGGGUUUUUUUUUUUAAAAGGCUAAUAUAGUUUCUUGUUUGCGUAAAUUUAACGCUUCUUGUUCGGACGUCAAAGCAACGCUUCUUUUUGAUUCCGACUGAUAUAAAUACUCUUAACUUCAAUUUUUUGAUUUCUCUGCAACUUGGAUUUUUCUUCUUGCCCUUUUACUUUCCAGAUAACAUCGAUCCACUGCAAAAACAUGUCUAGUGAGUUGUGUUCAAUGAGACCUUUGUUUGGUGGCGCUAUCUCCACUGUCUUCCCUCAAAGAUUUGAGGAUGUGAGUGAUAUCCGACAAGUUCCAGAUCAUCAGGAAGUGUUUGUGGAUCCUUCAAGGGAUGAGAGUUUGAUAUUUGAGUUGCUAGAUUUCAAGACUGAGGUUGGUGACAUUGGCAGUGCUUCUUGGUUCCUUAACGAUCUUGCGCGUGAGCAAGAUGCUGAAGGAUUUCAGUUGAUUGAGCAAUCAGAGGUCAUUGAGGCGCCUGGACUGUCGUACAGAAACAUCCCUGCUGUUGCAACUACCGCUAUUGGAGAGAUGGCUAUAUCCAAAGGAAGACAGGGAAGAGAAGCACAAAACCUAGUGAGGGUAUAUGUGGCAAAUCUGCGUCUUAAGGGAGUUGAUACAGAUGUCUUGGUGACUGCAUAUGAACCUAUUCUGAUAAACCCUCUGAGCGAGAGCGCGGAUGCUGUGGGAUCUGGUUUAGCUGUCCCAGCUUCACAGUCUGGAAAAAUGCCAAUGCGUGAUGUCAUUAAACAAUCACUCUCUACUUUCAAAGUCAAUGACUGGAAUCUUUUCGGUUCCUCAGCUUGAGUCUAUGCCAAAAUGAGAAGACGAUUCAAUCCUACCAAUACAAGGCUUCAAGAAGUUUGCUUUAAUAAAGUUUUUGAAGUACUUUUAGUUUUAGUUCUUGAUCCUUUGAAUUAGGUUUUAGGCUUUUAGUAGUUGGAGCUUUAUAAAUAGGAUCUUAUUUCCCUUGUGUAAGACACCUUUGGCUUUGAGAAAAUAGAGACUCUUCUCCCUUUUCCUUGAAUCGCUUUGAAUUCAGUUUCCCAUU